AUGGCACCGAGUGUUGACCCAGAGAUUCUUCGAGCCCUCGGCAUAGAAGGCCAAGAUGCCAAGAUCACCACCCACGGCGCAUCUGGCUUCUCAUCAACCUUCAAGUUAUCAGCCACGAUAGACGGCCAGCCCAUGAAUUACUUUGUCAAAACCGGUACCGGAGAGAGCGCAGAUUUCAUGUUCAAAGGAGAACAUGCAUCCUUAAACGCAAUCCAUGACACCGUCCCCAACUUCUGUCCCAAAUCUUAUGCCCACGGCGCCAUGUCAGCGUCAAACAAAUACUUUCUCAUCACCGACUUUCUCGACCUGGGGUCCUCAGCCUCCGGAGGUUCCGGCCUAUCCUUGGCAGCCAAAUUAGCAAAGCUGCAUACAACGCCAGCGCCCAACCCAGAAGGCUACGACAAACCCAUGUUUGGAUUCCCCGUCUCGACGUGCUGCGGGGAAACAGCGCAAGACAAUGCGUGGAAAUCGUCCUGGGCUGAGUUUUAUGCUGAUAACCGACUGCGCGGCAUUCUCAGAGAGUGCGUCAAGAACAAUGGCAGUGACAAUGAACUAACCAACACUGUUGAAGCAGUGGCAUCCAAGGUCGUCCCUCGGUUAAUAGGUGAUUCCACCGUCAAGAACAUAACACCAGUAGUUAUUCACGGUGAUUUGUGGAGUGGGAAUCAUUCCAGAGGCCAGAUCGGUGGCAAAGGGGGCGCAGAAGAAGUUGUCUUUGAUCCGUCAGCUGUGUAUGGCCACUCGGAGUACGAACUGGGCAUAAUGAAGAUGUUUGGAGGAUUUGGAAGUAGUUUUUGGAACGAGUAUGAAAAGCUGGUUCCAAAGGCACACCCGAAAGAGGAGUGGGCGGAUAGAAUUGCCCUGUAUGAACUGUAUCACCAUUUAAAUCACUUUGCCAUCUUUGGCGGUGGUUACCGCGGAGGAGCCAUGUCCAUUAUGCGGAAGCUAAUUGCCAAAUAUGGUCGGUAA